AUGAUAGUCGACAAUUCGUCCUCACCUUCCAAACGCGUAUCUAGAAGUGACGGAUCCAUUCGCCAGCGGUCACCACUCUAUCAUGAAACUCCAGUGAAGGAAUCGACCAACAACUUUCAUGCCAAGUCCACGUCGCAAAAGUCGAUACUAGACAUGUCCUCAAUAACGCGCCAUUCCUAUCGACGAAGAACGACGCAUAACUCGGGCAGAGAAAACCGGUACAAUGCCAUAUCUCCAUAUGAACGCCGCCGCGCGCCGCUGAAACGGUCGGAAAACUUGAAAUUGAGCAAGGAAGUCGAUGAGAUUUUGAACCGGUCAUCCGGUCUGAAAAACGCGCGCAGGGCGAGCGAGAUAAGGAGGCAUUUGGAUAGUGAUUUGGGAAGUGGGUCCGAGAUGGGGGAUGCGAGCUCGCCGUUGAGAAAUAGGAAAGCUAGAGUGGCUGCGCUGGUGGGGAUGGGUGGCUUGAACCGCAUACCCAGCUUGAAACAAGAUGACCACAAGGAGCAGCAGCAGCAGAUGCAUCAACGGGAAGAAGGAAUCCACGAGGAGGAUCAUCUGCCACUGCUGGAAAAAGCCUCCCCGGUUGAAUCAAGGGCAACCACUGCGCGGAAGGGUUUGCAGUCGGGUGAAAAAGUGGCUGAUGACCAGUGGGGGGUGGGAGAGGACCAGAUUGACGAGGAAAGCAGCGAUUUUGAGAAUCCCGAUGAUGAUUUGUAUCUGAAAGAACCCACACAAACUUUGAACCAUACGGAAUUGACGAAAAUUAUCCGUGGCCUGAGAAACGAAACGCAGCAUGGGUCCGAAGAGCGCGCGGGAGAUGGAGGUGAAACAGAAGGCGACAUUCACGACUCGGGUCCGGGUCGAGGCUCUCUAGAAGCGUCUGGAUCGCCUGAUCGAGCUGAUGGUGGUCAUCUCACGGAGGGUGACCACGACCUUGCGAUUCACGAGCGUGAUGAGAAUUUUGAAGAUGACAAUGGCAAUGGCAAUGGCAAUGACAACGUCCAUGACGAUGGAGAUGGAAAUGGAGACAGAGACCAAACAUCUGAUCAUUUGCUAGACUCACCGGACUCUAGACCCGUGUUCUCUGGCCGUUACCUAAAGGGAAUAGAGACCCGCCACAUUGAGAGAUACCGAGAAUUGGAGAAACAGUUGGAGGAAACGAAAAGCAAAGUCCAGGAGCAGAUGGAACUAACUCAAGAGUUAUUCUCUGCCAAUCAACGACUCGAAACUUUGGCGAGGGAGUCGCAGGACAGAGAACAUGCUAUGAAAGCGUCGUUGGAAAUGGUGCGCGUGCAACUCGCCGAUUCCGAGAAGCGGGUGGCCAAAUCGAUGAGAAACGAAUCGAUUGCUGAAAAUACAAUUUUGAAGUUGAGACGCGAGAUUCACGAGACCAAAACUAACGCGCACGAGACAGAGCAGAAUGUGCGUCUUCUCAAGGAAAGCAACGCGGAGUUGGAGACUAGGAUCCGGGAAAGUGACCAGUCGUUGAGCACCUUGAGAAAAAUGUACAAUGACCAGACUGCAAUUGUGCACCAACUCAAGGAGGAAAAAAACCAAAUUUCUCAGAAUGCCGAAAAACUUGAAGCAAAACUUACGUCUGUUGAAAAGCUGCAAGCCAGCAAGGAUGGACAAAUUGCCGAUCUUGAGAAUGAACUAGAGAAGAUCAGAGAUGCUGCCGCCGACGCCGAGCAAAGAGCCGAGGAAGCAGAAUUGAAGAUUGCAAACUUGGAGUUGGCCAAAAAGAACCUCCUUGCUACAGUAAGCGAGCAUGAAGACUUGAUAAAAAGCUACGAUGUGGAGUUUGAGCGUGCCAAACGAGAUUUUGAGCACAAUAUUGCCGAGAUGCAAGCCAAAUCGGAGCAACGAACCGGGGAGCUAGACAUGGAGCUUUCCAAUGCCACGCAGCAAAGCUCAAAGUUGAAAGAAACAAUCACGUCCUUGCAAUUGGCUGUUGUCAAAGCCGACGAGAAAGUUGCUGACUACGAGGUGCUUUUGCAAAAGUACGAGGAUUCAAAAAGUAAAUUCGAAAUGACACAAGCACAAGUCGAGAAAGUUAACCACGAGCUUCUGCGCGUUAGGGAUGAACAACAGCAACAGAUGGCCAGUAGGGACCAAAAAAUUGCGGAAUUGGAGCAGUCAAUCCAAAACUCUCAACUCGAGUCUGCCAAGUUAUCCGCGGAGGCCGAAAGCCUCAGACUAUUGCUUGCUGAAAAGGACUCAGAGAAUUCCAAAACAGCAGCAAAGGAAAGAGCCCGAGUUGAGGCUGACGUUGCAGAGUUGCAAACACGCUGUGCACAAUUUGAGCGGACCAUCAAGGACAAGGAUGAGCAGAUUGCUCAACUUGAGUCGCUGACAGCGAAACAGAUGGACCAACUCGACGAGUACUUGGUUCUUCACCGACAACAGAGCAGCAAAUUGGAGGACAGCCAAGCAGAGCUCGCCAAGAAGAGCGAGCAGAAUAAGAUUUACGAAAGCAAGAUUGGCGAUUUGCUCGAUGCUAUUGACAAGCUCCGGCUCGAGAAUGACGAGUUGAACAGCCAGCACAAGUUGCAGCAGGAAGAAAACCAAACUCUUGGACUUGAGUUGCGUCAAGCGCAGGAGUCGUUUGAGCUGCAAAUUGAGCGAAUUUAUGAUUCUGUGUAUAAAGAGUACGCCGAGAAGCACACCAGGAAGAUGCAUGAGCUCAAGGCUUAUUACGAAGGGCAACUCAAUGCCAGGGCGGGCGAGAUGAAGAAAACCACGAGGGAUUUAGAUUUCGCUAAAGCGCAAGUGGAGAAGUUGCGAGCCGAUUACGUCAAGCUUCUUUCUGAGAAAUGUGCAUCUCCACAAAAGGGAGAGCCAACGUUGGAUGGUUCGAGGAUUUAG